CCUCGGGAGCCCAGCGUUGUUUUGAAGGGAGCUAACAUGGCGACGGUGCCCGUCUAUUGCAUCUGCAGGCUGCCCUACGACGUAACCCGCUUCAUGAUCGAGUGCGACGCCUGCAAGGACUGGUUUCACGGCAGUUGUGUUGGUGUAGACGAAGAUGAGGCACCAGAUAUUGAUAUCUAUCAUUGUCCGAAUUGUGAAAAAACCCAUGGUAAAUCAACUUUGAAAAAGAAAAGGAACUGGCACAAACAUGAUACUGGUCAAACUACAGAAGUCAAACCUGUACAGAAUGGGAGUCAGGUCUUCAUAAAGGAGCUUCGAACUCGAACAUUCCCCAGCUCUGAAGAUGUGGUUGUAAAAGUUACUGGAAGCCAACUAACAGUUGAAUACAUGGAAGAAAAUGGAUUCACAGAACCCAUCCUCAUUCCAAAGAAGGAUGGCUUGGGGUUAUCAGUACCUGCACCAACAUUUUAUGUUAGCGAUGUUGAAAACUAUGUUGGACCAGAAAGGAGUGUUGAUGUCACUGAUGUCACAAAACAAAAAGAUUGCAAGAUGAAGCUAAAGGAGUUUGUUGAUUACUAUUACAGCACUAACAGAAAAAGAGUCCUCAAUGUAACUAACUUGGAAUUUUCAGAUACCAGAAUGUCCAGUUUUGUAGAGUCUCCUGAUAUAGUAAAAAAGCUUUCCUGGGUGGAAAAUCAUUGGCCUGAUGAUGCUUUACUUGGAAAACCUAAAGUGACCAAAUAUUGCCUGAUAUGCGUGAAGGAUAGCUACACAGAUUUUCACAUAGACUCUGGUGGAGCCUCUGCCUGGUACCAUGUCCUGAAAGGAGAAAAAAUAUUUUAUCUCAUCAAGCCGACCUCCGCAAACAUUUCUUUAUAUGAGCGCUGGCAGUCAGCAGCAAAUCAUUGUGAGAUGUUUUUCGCCGACCAAGUGGAUAAAUGUUACAAAUGCACAGUUAAACAAGGACAAACACUUUUUAUCCCCUCAGGGUGGAUUUAUGCAACGUUAACCCCAGUUGACUGUCUAGCCUUUGCAGGACACUUUCUACAUAGCCUAAGUGUUGAAAUGCAGAUGAGAGCAUAUGAAGUUGAAAGACGAUUAAAAAUUGUCAGCUUAACCCAGUUUCCAAACUUUGAAACAGCUUGUUGGUAUACAGGAAAACACCUGCUAGAAUCAUUUAAAGGAUUGCACAAAGCUGGAAAGCAGCCUCCUUCCCAUUUAGUCCAGGGAGCAAAAAUUCUAAACGGCGCUUUCAGGUCUUGGACUAAAAAGCAGGCUUUAAUGGACCAUGAAGAUGAACUCCCAGAACAUUUUAAACCAGCACAACUUAUUAAGGACCUUGCCAAAGAAAUAAGAUUAAGUGAGAAUGCUUUGAAAGUCAACAAACCUGAAGUGAGUGCCAACAUGAAUGUUGAGGUCAGCCCUAUUGAGAAAGAGGAAAUACCAUCGCCUGCACCACGGACGCCGCCACCACCACCUCCGCCACCGUCGCCACCUCCUCCACCACCACCCGCUGAAAAAGUUCCUAAGAAAAAGACCCCCAAAGCAAUGAAAACUCCCAAACCUUCCAAAGUACCCAAACCUCCUAAGCCCCCCAAACCUCCCAAGCCCCCCAAGCCCCCCAAACCUCCCAAAACACCAAAAGUCAAGGGGGAAGGGAAGAAAAAAAACAAGAACGCAAAAGAAGCUCCUCCACCUGCCAUUCCUAACUUAGAUCUUCUUGAAGCUCAUACAAAAGAGGCCCUAACAAAGAUUGAAACACCAAAGAAGGGAAAGGCUGCCAAGAAUGCAUCGAAUACCCCCAAUAAAGAACCUGUUGAGAAGCAGAAUGAGGUGGAAAAAUUUGAAAUUCGGGAGCAGAAUAAGACCAAAACAGAAGCAAAAUGGAAAUACAAGAACAGUAAACCUGAUUCAUUACUGAAAAUGGAAGAAGAACACAAAUUGGAGAAGACCCCACUGUCGGGAAAUAAGGACAAUAAAUUUAUGUUUUCCUUCUCCAACAAGAAGCUAUUGGGUUCGAAAGGAGUGAAGACUCCGCUGAAUCCAGGUGUAUUCGGAUCAUUACAAAAUUUCAAAGAAGAUAAAACAAAACCUGUGAAAGAUGAAUAUGAGUAUGUCUCAGACGAUGGAGAACUAAAAAUUGAUGAAUUUCCAAUUAGAAGAAAGAAGAACACGACAAAACGAGAUUUGCCCUUUUUAUCAGAUAAAAAAGAAACUGCACAACAUAUACCAAUUAAGAAGCCAAAGGUGGAAUCAGUAUUGUACAAGAGUGACAACUCAUCAGAUGAAGAUUCUCUUCAUAUUGACACAGAUGCUAAGCCAGGGCGCAAUUCCAAAGUGAAGAAAGAGACUGGAAGUUCAGCAGGAAUUCUUGAUCUUUUACAGGCAAGCAAGGAAGUUGGAGGUUUAGAGUAUAACACCAACAGUCAGCCACCUGCAUCUCCCAGCACACAGGAAGCAAUCCAAGGAAUGUUGUCAAUGGCCAACCUCCAGUCAUCAGACUCCUGCCUACAGCCUUCGUGGGGCACCAACCAAGCUAAGAAUAAUUCUCUCUCGGCUCCUAAUUCAAAAAAAACGGGAAGCAGCAACAACAAAAAUGCAAGCAAGAGGUUGCCAAAGAAGAGUGCGAAAAACAACAUUGACAUUGAAGAUUAUGAUGAGGACCAGGAUCACCUAGAUGCUUGUUUUAAGGAUUCUGAUUAUGUAUACCCCUCCCUUGAAUCAGAUGAAGAUAAUCCAGUAUUCAAGUCCCGAUCAAAGAAAAGGAAAAGUUCUGACGAUGCUCCUUAUAGCCCAACAGCAAGAGUUGGCCCAUCAGUACCUCGACAAGACAGACCUGUCCGGGAAGGUACAAGAGUCGCCUCUAUUGAAACUGGACUAGCCGCAGCUGCUGCCAAAUUAUCCCAGCAGGAGGAGCAAAAGGGCAAGAAGAAAAAGAACACUAAAAAGAAAUUAUCACCCAACAACUCAAAUAAGCUCCCUCAGGAAGGCAGCUCUCCUGAACCCAAGCUCGAGUCCCACAGCAGUAGUCUAGCAGACCAUGAAUAUACAGCUGGUGCGAGCACGUUUGGCGUUGCCCAGGUAAACAGAGGUUCUCAACCCAUGGCUCCUGGAGUUUUUCUCACACAAAGAAGGCCCUCUUCAUCUCAGAAUAAUGCAGCUGCCAAAGGAAAGGCUGCAGGUGAUGCACCAACCGAAGCUGGUAAACGGAAGACAGCUGAGCCUUCUUCUGUAGGGAAACGUACAAAAAAAGGUAUGGCCACAGCUAAGCAAAGGCUUGGGAAGAUUUUGAAAAUUCAUCGGAAUGGGAAACUUCUUCUCUAAAAUUUAGCCACAACUGGGACUAUCAAAGUUCAGAAUGUCCUGAGCUGACACUAACUCUUCAACUCUUGAAGGACUUCAGUAGUAUUGUGCAACAUCCUAGGGACAAUACCAGUUAACUUUUUGCCACCACUUUAAUAAAUUCUUUUUAACUUUCAGCAGUUAAAACAUGUACAGAAUACUGCUAUAAAUAUUUUUUAAUAUAGAUGUCCUUUCUCAAAUUGCUGAGAGUGAAUAGUACGCAAAAAGUUAAUACUCCAAGACACUGAGGAUCAUUCCAGUUUUAGGAAAGUAUCCCUUUAACUUGUUUAUAAGUGAAGAAAAAGCAGUUGUUUUAACAGAAUGCACAUUAAUUCCAAUUUCAUUUAUCAACUGUACCAGUUUUAAAGAGGUAUCUGAUUA